GAGCCGCGGAAUGCUUACCGGCAGCCAGCUUGGAGGAACCACUUUGUUGCGUGUACUGGCGAGUUCGUGGGAACAUUCUUGUUUCUGCUGUUCGCGUUCCUUGGACAUAGCACGGCUGUCUACCAGGCACCAGCGACUGGACCAAAUGGCUUGCAUACGAAUGAGACGCUAAUGUACAUUGCGCUGAGUUAUGGCUUCUCGCUUCUGGUCAAUGCUUGGACGAUGUAUCGUGUAAGUGGUGGCUUGUUCAAUCCAGCUGUCACGCUGGGCCUGGUAUUGGGUGGAGGGCUGAGUGCCGUACGAGGGCUGCUUUUCUUCCCAGUGCAAUUGCUGGCUGCUAUUAGUGCUGCAGCGGUUGUGGAAGCCCUCAUACCUGGGAGCAUCAGACAAGUGCAGACCACUUUGGCACCUGAGGUUAAUGUCGCACAAGGGCUGUUUCUCGAAAUGUUCCUCACUUCGCUCUUGGUCUUCACCGUGCUCAUGCUUGCUGCCGAGAAGUGGAGGGCCACGUUCGUAGCGCCUGUGGGCAUUGGCAUUGCGCUGUUCAUCGCCGAGCUGGCCGGCGCAGUGUACACAGGCGCUUCUCUGAACCCGGUUCGUUCGUUCGCGCCAUGUGUGGUAUCGCCUAACUUCCAGAGCUAUCAUUGGAUCUACUGGGUUGGGCCUCUGCUUGGCGCAUUGCUCUCAGGUAGCUACUACCAUUUCGUGAAGUUCUUCAACUUCUGGCAAGCCAAUCCAGGCCAAGACAGC